AUCUCUACAGCGCCCUCUAGCGAUCUGAAAGCGUCGGGAAGCUAAGGAAGGAGAAAAAGUCUGAAAGAUGGAGCUGAUAUGUUCCUGAAUGAAAGUGUUGGUCUUACUACCAGUAGAAAUUUUGUGUAGUUAGCGUAGUUCUAGAAGCUUUUUUAUUGCAUGAUAUAAAAGGAAUACUUACAUACAGAACAAAAUGACUGAACAGUCAAUUGCUUCUGCUAGAGCAUCUGUGAUGGUUUAUGAUGAUAUGAACAAAAAAUGGGUACCUAGUGGAUCCUCAAGUGGUUUAUCCAAAGUUCACAUAUACCAGCAUCUGACAAAUAAUACCUUUAGAGUUGUUGGAAGAAAACUGCAGGAUCAUGAGGUUGUCAUUAAUGCUUCUAUAUUGAAAGGAUUGAAAUAUAACCAGGCCACACCAACAUUUCAUCAAUGGCGUGACAACAAACAAGUUUAUGGCCUUAAUUUUAGCAGUCGUGAUGAUGCAGAAGCUUUUGCUGUUGCUAUGCUCAGAACUCUUGAAAUUGUUAACCAAAAUAACAUGUCUUCAAGACCACCACCUCCUCCUCCCAUGAAUUCGCAACCAGUUUAUCAAAGUAUAUCUGGGGACAUUGAGUGCAAUAAUAUUGAUCAACAAAAGUGGAAUGACAAUGACACUGGUCGAAUGUCUCAUCAAGUACAAUAUGCUAGUUCUACAAUGAAUGGUACUCAGAUGCCUGGUUCUCCUAGCAAUACACUUCACAGAACAUCUGCUCCAAAUUGUGCUCCACCCGCUCCUCCACAACCUCCUACUCCUCCUAUGCAGUCCAAUGCUGCACCACCUCCACCUCCUCCUCCACCACCACCUCCUACUAUAGGAAUGCCCCCAGUUCCUCCUCCACCUAUGCCAAACUCAAGUGGUCCACCUCCGCCACCAGCUCCUCCAAUGUCUGGGGGAUUUUCUAGCCCACCUUGUCCUCCUCCCCCACCUGGGUCUUCAAUGCAGCGCCCUAACACUGCUAACAUGUCUUUGGCAUCAGCAUUAGCUAAUGCAAAGUUGAAAAAGACACAAAGAAGUGAUUCAAUUGUUGAUCAAAAUAAAACCCCUGGACCUCCUAGUGGCAUGGCAAGCAUGAUGGAUGAAAUGGCAAAAACACUGGCACGAAGGCGAGCUCAAGCAGAAAAUUACCAAGGCAAUGAUUCCGAUGGCACUGAUAAAAAAUGGGAUAAAAAUUCAAAUGGCAAUGGUGUGAACUCUGGAUUAGAAUCACCUAAGGGUAGUCGCAGACAAAGGAUAGGUUCUAUUGGAGAUAUGGAUAAUUUAAAAGCCAAUGGUGUUGAGCCUUAUGACAUGGAAAGAAUCAAGCAAGAAAUAAUGUUGGAAAUAAGAAUGGAAAUGAAUAAACUGAAACAAGAUAUUAUUGAAACCAUAAGGAGUGAGCUAAAUCGUAGGUAAUGCCUCAGAGAGGAAGAAGUCUUUUAUAUGCAAAGCAUUUGCAGAAUGUACUGGUGUAUAGAAGUUUGCAUAUUUGCCUUUCAUAAUGAGUUUCAUACUGUACAUAAGUGUGCGACUACUUUUGCCUUCUGAAAACUUUUAUGUGAACUUUUUUCAUGAAUAAAUUGUUCCCGUUUGUACUUUUUCUAUAGACAAAACGGUUUUUUAGAACUUUGCUUUGGUUAUUCUAUUAUUUUUUUUUUAAACAUUCUUGUUGAGGACAAGCUAAUGGUGUGCUUGAAACUUAAUUCUAUACUAAGUCAAAGUUUAUAGUAAGAUGUUGAAAUCGUAGGGUCUAUUUGUUUCCAAUAUUUUGAAGGUAAAAAGCACUCUUGUAAAUAAAUCUUUUUCACUGAACUUAAAAGUAGAUUUUUUUUAAUAAACAUAUUAUUGGUGCUGUUAAAUUUUAUAUCAUAGAUUGGUUCUCUUAGAUCUUUUUAAUAGUAAAAAAAUAAUUUAAAAUGAAAACUUAUAGUAAUUAGUACUGUCGUGAUACUGCAAUUAUAAAUCAAACUGACGACAUCUUCUUAUUCAUUAAAUUUAAUAAAUACCAAACAAAUUCAUUUUCUUCCACUCUUCAAAUCGUUUUAUAGUAUGAUUAAUAAAGCAUGGAUGUUAAUGACAUGACAUUAAAUAGAUCUUAGUAACAAAUAUCAAAUUUAAUUAAAUCAGAAUUAAAAAUAAUUAAUUAAAUCAGAUAGUUUAGUUAAUACAAAUAAUGAAUGUGGUAAAUUUAUCAUAGCUUUAGAUAACGAAUGUGGGUAAAAAAUAUAUGGAUGUGCAAAAUUAAAGUCAAUUUCAGAAAAAAAAAAUUAAAAAAAAAAGUUUUUAUUGCCAUUUUUAUCCAUGCUGAUUGAUGUUCUAAUAUGCCGCUUCUUUGUAAUCUAAUUAAUUAAUACUAAUUAAUAAUAAUUAAAUUUUUAUUGUAGAAUAAUAAUGAUAGCAAUGAAUGCUGGUUGUUUGGUGUUAAAAUACUUGAAAGCAACGAAACUGACUGCUAUUUCUUAUCAAAAUGUUUAUUUUAGUACUCUACUGAAAAAUGUUUUAUAUUUUAAUCUAUUAAUGUACGUUUGACUUAGCAUAAAGUCAAGUUUCCAUUUUACCUGUUUAAAAUUUUUCUAAAAUAAGAUCAGUGCCUUUGGCACAGACUUUUAGAUGCUCUUCCAAUAAGAAUAAUUGCAUCGGUAUUGCUAAUAAUAAGUGUGUGUUUAUAAAAUAAGCAUUUUUUGUAUUAUGUAUUGAUAUUCUCUUUGUUCAAUAAUAAUAAAAUAAAGUGCGGGUGAUGUUCUUUUUUGAGUCAAUUCUAAUGACUAGUGUUACAUGCUUGCUUUUUGUCUUGACACUGAUUGUAAUGUAUCGGUUUUUUAUUAUCAGUGUAAAAGGUCAAAAUAAGUUCCUCUUAUAACAUACAUAAAAUUCUUUAUAAAUUAGUAUGUUAGUAAACAUUAAUUUAGGCAUUUUUAAUUUUUUAUGCAUUUUGUUCUUGCAUUUUAUUUAUUUUUGUGUAUUUUUGAAAAAUUUUUAGUUUUUAUUUAAAGCAAAAUCUCAAUUUCCAAAAUAAUAAGUUUUGGUAAUAAUAUUAUAAGUAUAAAUAAAUAAUAUUUUCUAGUUUAUUGAGUUUCUAACUAGUUAUGUGGGCUAGUACUGGCAAUUUAUUUUUGUUCAGUGCUAAUAAUUAAACUAUAAAUUUAAAGUAUCUUUUCUAUCUUGCAUUUACCUUACUUUAAUACUAACUUCAUUUUGUUAAAAUUUGUUAUCAAAAUAUACCCUAAGUUUUCUAGAAUUUCCGUUUAAAAUAGAAUUUAUUUUUGUUGAUAAAAAUUAUGGAAAAUUUUUUUCAAUACUUUUUUAAAAAUGCUGGACAUUUUAGAAUUAUUAUUAUUAUUAUUUUUUUUGUCUUUUUUUUAGAAAGUGUAAAUAUCUUUUUGGGUUGCAUUUUGAGUGAAGUGUUGCUUACUUAAAGUUUAACAACUUGAUAAUAUGCAUUUGUUAUAGAUAUUAAUACUGUGUAUUCAUAAAAUAUAUUAAUCUAUCAUGUGAAUGAAAAUGCUAUGAGUGUCACUUAUUAUUUGAAUAUGAUACUUGAUGUGUGGCCAUAUUUCUCAUCAAAAGUUCUAGAAUUAGAUCAAAUUUAUUAAACCAGAAUUAAUAACUAAAAAAUUUUUUUAGCCUAGUAAAAAAUGUUUUGUGAUUCAACAAACAAAAAUUAUCACAAGCGUGUGCCUAUUUUUUUAAAAAAGAAUGUUAAUUUAAUUUUAAAGUUUAUUAAUUCAGUUUGCUGCAUUUGGAUAUGGGAUUUAAAAUGUUAUGUGAAUUGAAUAUUAAAAUUCAGAUUGCUAAAGUGUUUGUAAAUGUGCUGCUAUUAUUAAGAUGUCAGUCCAUAAGUGUAAAUACUUUUAUUAUAUGAUAUCCAUGUGUAUUAAAUGUUUAAAUGUGAAUUUCAAAAAGUAAAUAUCAGAUGGUGAUAAUAAAAAAAAAAAUUGCGGUUACAUAUUUAAAAAUUAUCUAUACAUAACUACUUCAAAAUUAACUUGUUUUACUGAUGUUUAUUAAGAAUUCUUGAAUUUUACUAACUAAGAUAGUAAUUUUUUAGUAUUGCUUCAUAUUAUAAUAAUUUUUACCAAAAGUAGUAAAUAUUUUCAUGAAUGUAAUAAAACCUGUGUUUUUAAAUUAAAUUAAAAUAAUUAACUUUUGAAAUGAAUAAUGGCAUUUUGAAUUUUUUGGCAAAUAUAAUUUUUUCUUUAAAAUAUUAUUUUUUUUUGUUCAAUAUUUAGUUUACUAAUAAUACUUAUAUUAUAAAUUUAAUAUUCAAAGUAGUUCUUUGGUUUUCCUAAAAGUUAAUUGUACAAUAUUUAUUGUUUCAGUAACAUAUAUUUUAAAUGGUAAUAAUCUGUGUGUAAUUAUUCCCAAAAUUGUAAUUGCACAGUAACUGAUAUCUACACCAUUCAUGUAAAUAGGUAUUCAUAAAAACUCCAUUAAGUUCCUUUUUUUUUUCUCUGAAAUUCCAAAGACUUAUAAUGUCUACAUUUCAUGAUUUAAAUGUUUGCUUAUUUGCAAUAAUUCAGAGUUUAUGAGAAAACAAGGCUUUCUCUUGCCAUUGUAUAUAUUAAAUUGUUAAUCAUAUUGUAAUCCUUUUGGCAUUAAAAUGUGGUAAAGUUCAGAAAUACCAAAUUCAGCAGAUAUUAUCUAAAUCGUCCUCAAAGUUAUCUUAUUAAUUUUAAAAAUAAUACUUGUAUAUUACAUAAAUUUAAGAUUUACAUUAAUGAUGACACAUCUUAUUUUGUAAAAGAAGCAAAUACAUUUGUUUAUUUUUAAUAUUGGUAUCAGAUAAUAAUCAUUUUUAUAUAAACUAAUGGUGCAAAGGCCCGAACUGUCAUAUAUGCUAGUGUGCUAUAAGAAAUAUCAUAAGAGGGGACAAUAGUCCCAAGUCUUGACAUUGUAAAAAGGUGUAAAAAAAAUUGCACGUCUUUUAGUGAAGGAAUAUAGAAUAAUUGGAGCAAACUUUGCUAGUGUAUAUACUUUAAAUUAAAAUAACCUAAAUGAAAUAUAGUGUGUUGGCCAAAAAAGAUUCAAUUUUUAAAUUUCAAACUACUUCAUCGGUGUUAUAAAGAUUUUCUUUCUGAACCAUUUGAUGAAUAUUGCAUUAACAGCAUUUAAAAAUAAAUUUUAAAAGUGGUUAAAUAUUAUAAUGCAUUCAAAACUGUGUAAUUGCAAUUAAAGAGAAAUAAAUCUUCCUCUAAAGUCUUUAGAGUAAAUUUUUAAAGUUAAAAAUUUAAAAGAUCUUUUCACCAGUUAUUUAUUUCUUGUUAAAAAUUACUUAAACAUUUAUUUCUUUAGUUUAUUAAUCUCAGUCAAAAUAAUUUAUCCUUAAAAGAAUAGUGUUUUUUCUUCUAAAUUUUCCUCCCAUUAACACACAAACAUUUGUGUUUACUGAUUCAAUCUUACUCUGUGUUUGUUAUUUUCUGGCUGUUUUCUUUUUCAAAUAUUAAAGUGUCUGAAUCUAACAUCAGCUCCGUUUUCACUUAGCAUAAUAAUAAUGUUCCCUUUUAUAAAUUUAACCUUAAUAAUGUAUCCUUUAACUUGUCUCCCUUUGUAAUUCUCAAAUAUUUUUAAUGGCCUUCUUUCAUAUCAUCAACAAAUAGCGUUUAUAAGUGGGAAAAAAAAAUUUCAAUAAACUUUUUAAACCUGUCUGUUUUUAUUCCUUAAGUAAAAAAAAUGCUUUAAUUAUCUUUUAAUAGUUAUUUUUUAAUAUAUUGAAGAAUCGUAACAUUCUUAAAAAGACAAUAUAUGAUUUGUCAUAUUGCUCACUUUUAUUGUGUUAUGUUAUGCUUUUAGCAGUAUUUUUGUUCGUUAAUUUUUCUACUUUUAUAUUUAAAUAUAUUUUUAAAAAAUGUGGUUCUAGUCAGUGUAAAAAAAAAAAAAUGAAAUUGUAAUUGUUCAUUUUUAUUGUUAAUUUAUCGUAUUACUACUUCGAAAAGAGAAGCAGAAUGAGAUUAUUGAAAUAUGUAGAAGUAGUUGUGCAUUAAUCUUUAACUAUGCAAAAUCAUAUCAUUCAUUAUGCAAAGAGUGUAGACAAAACGAAUAGAGUUGUCAAAGCUCAAUACUGAUAGUGCAUAAUGUUAUUUGAACUGUGUCCUGUCUUUCGGAAAGCUCCUAUUUAUAGAGUGAAAAUGUUUAAUGUCUGUGUAUAGUUUUCAGUUUUUUCACUUUGGUGUAAAAUUAAAAAGUAUUACCAAUGCAAAAUAAAGACUGAUUAUGCAAA